UAGAAUUUUAAAAGCAUCAUUUCCUUUUAUGAACCCAAAAACGACGCCGUAUCAUUCAUUAACUAAUACCUUUGUCCUUGCAUCAUCAUCUUCUUGAGUUUGUUAAACCCUAAACCCUAGCUGUCACCAUUUGUUUUUCAUACAUACAAAGACAGCAAGCAAAGAAGAAGAUGGAACGAAAAAUUGAAGGAAGCAAAGCCAUGUCACGCCCCCAUUUGUUAGCAGAGAAAGACUACUCGGCUCUCAAAGAACUAUUCAGUCAUCAUAUUGAAUCCUUUGAUCAUAUGAUUGAAAAUGGUCUUGAAACCAUGCUAUUGAAUAUCAAGCCUGUUGAAGUUGUUGAUUCCUUUUCCAAGCUCAAGCUAAGAAUCUGGUUUGGCAAACCUGAAGUAUUCCCACCUCAAAAGGAACGCGCUUCCAAGACCAUGCAUGAUGCUUUAUAUCCUUUUGAGUGUAGACAAGCUAAACUUUCAUAUACAGGAAAGUUUUUGGUGGAUAUCUGUUUCCAGUAUGAUGAUGGAGCUGUAAUCAGGGAGAAAAUUAAUUUUGGACAGUUCCCUAUCAUGUUGAAGUCAAAGCUAUGCCACUUGAGAGCUGCCGAUGACUCCAGAAAGUUAAUUGCUCACAAAGAAGAGCCAUCAGAAAUGGGCGGAUAUUUCAUUCUGAAAGGGCUCGAGAGAGUCAUUCGCCUUAUAAUUUUGCCAAAGCGAAACUAUCCAAUGAGUAUGGCACGGAAUUCAUUUCGUGAUAGGCGAGAAGGAUAUUCUGAUAAAGCUGUUGUUAUAAGGUGUGUAAGAGAAGAUCAGUCUGCAGUGUCACUUAAAUUGUACUAUCUAAACAAUGGAAGUGCAAGGCUUGGAUUCUGGAUACAAGGAAGGGAAUACUUGCUUCCUGUUGGUAUCAUAUUAAAGGCCCUUGUUGACACCACUGAUCAUGAGAUAUACGUCAAUUUAACAUGUUGCUACAAUGAGGAACGUGACCGUGUAAAGGGAUCUGUUGGUACCCAGCUUGUCGGUGAAAGAGCAAAAAUUAUACUGGAUGAAGUUCAGGCUUUAUCUCUUUUUACCCGAGCACAGUGCCUGCGACAUAUUGGAGAGCAUUUCCAACCUGUUAUGACUGGAAUGCAAAAUGAUAGUUACAAAACUGUUGCUGAUGCUGUGCUUAGAGACUACAUAUUUGUCCAUCUGGAUAACAAUCAUGAUAAAUUCAAUCUACUUAUCUUUAUGUUGCAGAAGCUUUUUUCUUUGAUAGAUCAGACUUCUGUCCUAGACAAUCCAGACUCUCUGCAAAAUCAAGAAGUUUUGCUGCCGGGUCACUUAAUUACCAUAUAUCUGAAGGAAAAGCUGCAAGAUUGGCUGCUUAGAUUACAACGGUUACUUCAGGAAGAAACUGAUGGUGAAAAAAAGAAGUUUGAGCUAAGUAGCUUGGCAGACGUCAAGAAGGCUAUUGACAAAAAUGCUCCCAAACAGAUGGGAUUGGCUAUUGAGAACAUGUUAAAAACUGGGAGAUUGGUUACACAAUCAGGUCUUGAUUUGCAGCAGAGAGCCGGUAUGACUGUCCAGGCAGAAAGGUUAAAUUUCCUCCGUUUCCUUUCACAUUUUCGAGCGGUUCAUCGAGGUGCCUCAUUUGCUGGUCUUCGUACUACAAGUGUGCGGAAGUUGUUACCUGAAUCUUGGGGUUUCCUUUGUCCUGUUCACACACCUGAUGGGGAGCCAUGUGGGUUGCUUAAUCAUAUGACUGCAUCUUGCCGGAUAACCUCAUACUAUGAUUCGAAGGGCAAUGUUAAAGACUUCUUCAAAAUGCGGAUGUCCAUAUUGAAUGUGAUGAUUGCAAUUGGAAUGACACCAUCAUCACCAAAGCUUGUGCAAGCUGGUCCUCCUGAAUUGCUGUCUGUCCUACUGGAUGGUCGUAUUGUGGGAUAUAUGUCAUCGGAUUUAAUUGAAAAGGCUGUUACCCAUUUGCGGAGAUUGAAAUUGUCAUCAACAUCCUCGAUUCCAGUUGAUUUGGAGGUUGGAUACAUCCCUUUGAGCAUGAAUGGAGCAUAUCCUGGCCUAUAUUUGUUCACGUCUCCUUCUAGGUUUGUUCGUCCAGUAAGAAGUAUAUCUGCACCUGCUGAAGAGGGCAAUGAUCUUGAACUCAUUGGACCCUUUGAGCAGGUGUAUAUGGAGAUAAGCUGCCCGGAUGGAGGAGAUGGAGGAAGGAAAACUGUAUUCCCUCCCACACAUCGAGAAAUUCAUCCAACUAAUAUUUUGAGUGUUGUUGGCAAUCUGACACCUUGGUCUGAUCAUAAUCAGAGUCCACGUAAUAUGUAUCAGUGUCAGAUGGGUAAACAAACAAUGGGUUUCUCCUCACAAGCAUUGAAUUGUCGUGCUGAUCAAAAGUUAUAUCACCUUCAGACUCCUCAAACUCCAAUUGUACGCACAAAAGCUUAUGAGAAGUACUGCGUUGAUGACUAUCCAUUAGGAACAAAUGCAAUUGUGGCAGUUUUGGCUUAUUCAGGAUAUGACAUGGAGGAUGCUAUGGUCUUAAAUAAAUCAUCUGUCGAUCGUGGUUUGUGUCAUGGCCAUAUAUACCAGACAGAAACCAUUGACUUGACUGAGCAAAGCGUCAAAUCUGAUCGUGCUCAGAGAUUGUUUAGAAGAAGCAAUUUGGAUAAGUCGUCUCAUCGGCUGAUUGAUUCUGAUGGUCUUCCAUAUGUGGGGCAGAGAAUUAAUCCUAAUGAGCCAUAUUGUAGCAUUUACAAUGAAAUAACCAGUCAGACAACUAGUAUGAAGUUGAAGGGUUCGGAGCCAGUUGUUGUUGAUUACGUUUCUGUCGAUGUGAAAAAUAAAACACAUCUGCAGAAGGCGAAUAUACGUUUUAGGCGCUCCAGGAAUCCUGUAAUUGGUGAUAAAUUUAGCAGCCGACAUGGACAAAAGGGUGUUUGCUCUCAAUUAUGGCCUGAUGUUGAUAUGCCAUUCUCAGGAGUUACAGGAAUGAGGCCAGAUCUUAUUAUUAAUCCUCAUGCUUUCCCUUCAAGGAUGACGAUUGCUAUGCUUCUGGAGUCAAUUGCUGCUAAGGGAGGUGCUUUACAUGGCAAGUUUGUUGAUGCAACACCGUUUUCCAACACAAUGAAGGAAUCAGAAUCAGAAUCCAGUUCACUGGUGGAUGAACUUGGUUCCAUGUUAACGGCUUGUGGUUUCAAUCACCAUGGUGUGGAGGUACUAUAUAGUGGAGUAUAUGGUACAGAACUGACUUGUGAAAUAUUUAUUGGACCUGUUUAUUAUCAGCGUCUGCGACACAUGGUUUCUGAUAAAUUUCAGGUCCGUUCUACUGGACAGAUAGACCACAUCACUCGGCAGCCCAUCAAGGGUAGAAAGCGUGGUGGAGGUGUCCGCUUUGGAGAAAUGGAACGUGAUUCACUCCUUGCUCAUGGAGCAGCAUAUUUGCUGCACGAUAGACUCCAUACCAGCUCAGAUCAUCAUAUUGCAGAUGUGUGCUCUGAGUGUGGAAGUGUCUUAACAUCAUCAAUAAUCCAGCCGCCAAAACGAGCAGUUACGAUUUUGGGUCUGCCACCUGCUAGAGAACCCAAAAAAGUUACUUGUCUUGCUUGCCGUUCAAGUAAAGGAAUGGAGACUGUUGCGAUGCCUUAUGUCUUUAAGUAUCUAGCGGCUGAACUGGCAGCCAUGAACAUCAAAAUGACUCUCAAACUAAGUAAUGGGGCUGGAGCUUGAUACGUGUUUCUGGCAGUUGAAAUAUUCUAAUGUCUAGAAGCAAGCAGAAUCUUGGUGCCUAUAUCAUCUGUAAAUGUAUCUCCUAAUGUGCAAUACGUCCAAAAAAGGGGUCUGCUGCAGUAUCAGAUAACUUGAUUCUGGCAACGGUUGAUUUGGUUUAGAGUUUUAGACAUCAAAAGGCUAGUUUCCUAGUGGGCUACCUUGAAAGAAAGUGUACUGCAUAUGCGACAUACUUCUGGCCAUUUCAAUCUCAUAGUGCAAGAGUAGUCAAAAUAUAGAGAUGUCUCAUCAGUAAGAAUUCCGAGUUAUGCAGGUUUGCCGUCUGGCUCAAGAGGUGCAACGACCUUCCUGGCAUUAUGAAGAUGGACCUCUGAAGUGUAGGAACCCAAUGUAGGAUUUGUGCUUUAUACUAGUUAUAGCUUUUUGUACAUUUUAGGGGCUAUAUGGUGUCAUUGUUGAGGCUCUCUUGCAGCCAAUAUUUUUGUUUAUCCCAGUAUACCUCUAAUUCACUUUCUUGAGAUAAAUUAUUUUGGCCAUACAGUAGCUUUUCCCUUCCAUAUGUUCUUAAUUGAAAAGUUCUCGUCUCA